AUAUAAUUUUCGAUAUAUACAAAAUACAUAUAUUUUAAAUUAAGGAUUCCUUAGCUAUUUCUUUUCUCUACGCGAAAACGUCUAUUAUUAGUAUGGAACAAGAUUUCCUUCUAGCAUAUACGUUUUCAGCAUUUAAAUUGGCCUCUUUUGUAAUUCUUUCCGUGCAACUCUUACUGUUCAUCGAUCUCAGUAAAAUAACAAUUAUUGCGGUAAGCGCGUACGUUGUCUGAAAAAAAAUGCACUGCUUCAUUACUGAUCAAUAAUAACGUUGCAGUGAUCUAAAAGACAUGAAGACAGUUUAACUAGCAGACAUUAGUUAGAUAGACGUUCCUUAAUUUCUUCUUACCGAAACCUCACUUUUUAAAUUAAAUCGAUAUACGUACCUCGCCAUAUUCACUGAUUCUCCUACGCAGAUCUAAGUAACAUUCGCACCAAUCGAAACACAUUAUUUUAUGCGAAAUGGACGACUCUUGCGCGAAAUCUGUGAGGUUAACAUCGCGAUUCAACCGAUUCCUGGAACACUUCACGAAUUUCCGUUUUCCUUUUUUGCGACCCUUUUCACCGGCUUCUGGGAAUGACAUCGUCAAACGCUUCAAUCCACAUGCUCUUUCACAUAUUGCUCAUUAAAUGCGAAGCCGUGAUACAGCCCGGAGUAAAAGAUGGAGGCGAUGGAAGUGGGAAGCGAGGAAGGCAACGAAAAGGACACAUUCGACAAUUUGGUAGGUAAUAAGGAUGAAUCUGAGGAUGAGGUCGAGAACGAACGGGAUGAGCAAAUGGAGGACGAUCUCGAUGACGAUCAGGACGACGAGGACGACGAGGAAGACGCCGACGAAGCGGAAGUCAAGAUCCUCGAAGCCACUCUUGCACAGAAUCCCUACGAUUACCAAACUCACAGACUGCUUAUCUCGAAACUCGAAAAGAUGGGCGAAUUGGAACGACUACGAGCUGCCAGAGAGAAUAUGAGCUCUCGUUACCCUUUGGAUUCCAGUCUCUGGUUAUCCUGGAUGCACGAUGAAAUUAAGUUAGCCACUACGCCAGAGCAGAAGGAAGAAGUAGUGAAACUAUGUGAACGAGCAGUCAAGGAUUACCUUUCCGUCGAAGUGUGGCUGGAAUACCUGCAGUUUAGCAUUGGUAAUAUGGGCGUGGAGAAAGAUGCGGCAAAGAAUGUCAGGCAGUUAUUCGAACGAGCUUUAACAUCGGUCGGACUGCAUGUCACCAAAGGUGCUAUAAUAUGGGAGGCGUUUAGAGAAUUCGAAGCCGUCUUAUAUGCACUAAUCGAUCGUGCGAAUCAAGCUGAGAGGAAGGAACAAUUGGAACGCAUAGGAAAUUUGUUUAAGAGGCAGCUGGCUUGUCCUCUGUUGGAUAUGGAUAAAACAUACGAAGAAUAUGAAGCAUGGCGCAGGGGAGACGGUAAAGAAGCUGCUAUGGAUGACAAGAUCGUCGCCAGUAAUUACGAGCGGGCAUUCGCGAAUUUUAAUGCCCGCUUGCCUUUCGAAGAGAAGAUCGUCACCUCCCAUUCCGACUUCGAGAGUCUGGACGCAUACAAGGUAUAUUUAGCAUAUGAAAAGCAGCACGGAGAUCCAGGACGAGUAACAGUUUUAUACGAAAGAGCGGUCGCCGAUAUUACCUUAGAAACGUGGAUCUGGCUGGAUUACCUCACAUACUUAGAAGAAAACAUCAAGAUAGAAUCUAUCUUGGAUCAAGUCUACCAAAGAGCAUCGAGGAACGUCUCGUGGUGUCCGAAGGUUUGGCAGAAGUGGAUGAGAUCGUACGAGAAAUGGGGCAAGCCAGUAUUGGAGAUUCAAUCGAUAUUAGAAAACGCUUUAACAGCCGGAUUCGAAACCGCGGGUGAUUACAGAGAUUUAUGGGUGACGUAUCUGGAAUAUCUACGACGAAGAAUCGAUCGGUCGUCUUCGAAGGAGGAAGAGAAACAGGUAGAGGUAUUGCGUAAUACUUUCAACAGAGCCUGCGAAUAUUUGGCGAAAUCGUUCGGCUUAGAAGGAGAUCCGAAUUGCGUUAUAUUGCAAUAUUGGGCGAGAACCGAAGCUAUACAUGCCAACGACAUGGAGAAAGCUAGGACACUAUGGGCAGACAUUCUAUCGCAAGGGCAUUCCGGAAUAGCUUCCUACUGGCUGGAAUACAUCUCGUUAGAAAAAUGUUACGGGGAUACGAAGCACUUAAGAAAAUUGUAUCAAAAAGCUAUGAACUCGGUAAAAGACUGGCCGGAGACCAUAGCUAAUUCGUGGAUAGACUUCGAAAGGGACGAAGGGACAUUGGAGCAGAUGGAAUUCUGUGAAACGCGGACCAAGGAGAAAUUGGAGAAGGUCACCGAGGAGAGGCUGAAAGCUCAGCAAGCUCAGCAAGCUAACCGCGAACUGUCACCAUCACAGAGUAAAAAGGCUUACAAGAGGAAACAAGAUGACGCGGGCAAGUGGAAGAACUUAGGGAGUUCACCGACGAAGAUUACCAAAGUCGAGACACAAGUAAAGCCAAAAGUAAGAGAGAGUCGGUUGAAUCUUGAGAAGAAAGUUGAUCCCGAUCAAAAACCGAAGAUCACUCCGCCGCCUGGUUUCAAGGCACCGGAGCCUGAGAAGAUGGAAGUAGAUCAUACGCAGGAAGUCGACGACAAGAUCACGGUGUUCGUUAGUAAUUUAGACUACACGGCCACCGAAGAAGAAGUUAGGAAUGCGUUAGAACCGGCUGGAUCGAUCACGAUGUUUAAGAUGAUACGAGAUUACAAAGGGCGUAGCAAAGGAUAUUGUUAUGUUCAGCUCAGUAGUCCGGAAGCCGUCGAAGAAGCGUUGAAACUGGAUCGAACUCCUAUAAGAGGACGACCGAUGUUCGUCUCGAGAUGCGAUCCUGACAAAACAACGCGAGGAACUGGAUUCAAAUAUAGUUCCACCCUAGAGAAGAAUAAGCUGUUUGUUAAAGGAUUGCCGGUGACGACGACUAAAGAGGACCUUGAAGAAAUCUUCAAAGUUCACGGAGCGUUAAAAGAAGUGCGGAUAGUUACUUACCGUAAUGGACACUCUAAAGGAUUGGCUUACGUCGACUUCGAAGAUGAGAACAGUGCCGCGAAGGCAUUGCUCGCCGCUGAUGGUAUGAAGAUCGAUGAUAAAGUAAUUAGUGUAGCUAUAAGCCAGCCGCCGGAAAGGAAAAAGGUCCCGGCGAUCGAGGAACCGGUGAGGUCUCUAGGAGGUACUAACGUAAGCAGAACUACGUUCGGUGUGCCCAGAACGUUAUUAUCUAUGGUACCUCGUACCGUCAAAGUCGCUGCUAGUAACGGGAGUGCAAGUGCAACCGGGAACGGCGUUACCCAAAAAUUGAGUAAUCAAGAUUUUCGAAAUAUGUUGCUCAAUAAAAAAUAA